AAUAAAUACAUAAAUACAUACAACAUACUUACAAUUCAAGGGAAAUCCACAAGCUUCCCAUUAAUACAAUUCACGAAUAUCCAAACUUCAUACUUAAUAAACUAUAUACAUGUAUAUAUCAUAUACAAUUAAUAAUGAAGCUGAAUAAAGUAUGUUUUGCCCAGCCCGGCCAUGUGAAAUUCAUAAAUAAUCGCAAGGUUUUCCCCGUGGUUCUCAGUGCCAAGCGCUUCGAUGCCAUAAUGGCCAGGUCCCUCAUGAAAAAGAAGAAUGCAGCCCUGGCCGCAGAGGAAGAGGAUAUGCGUUACAUGAAAUACCUGAAAGAAGGCAGCGAUUGGCUUUGCAGCCUUUUUAAAAACGAUGGGCACCAAGACUUGGACGAGGAAAAGAAGGCGAGACUUGAUCAGGAACUGAUGGAAGCAGCAAUCAGGGAAAAGCAGGUUAAAUAUGAGGAUGAUUUGCUCCGGAAAGGACGCAUCAUUCGUGCUAAUCGAAUAUUGGAGGAUAUUAAGGACGGUCAACGAGCAUUGCAUCGUGCGGUAGUCGAGAGCGAAGUGGUAUAUCAAAGAAAAUACAACGAGGCUGUCAACCGUGAAAUUGCCGAAGACGCUCGGCGUCAGAAGCGUCUGGAAGAUGAGACCUGCCCAGAAGUAUUGAUACCAUUCUCCACCAUAACAGAGGAGCAGCUCAAAGCCCAGGAAAAGGCGAAGGCGCUAAUUGUGCGCGCCGAAUUCCUAAAGGACUGCAAAGAGAGACGCGAGAGGAAAUUAGCCGAAAAAGAGCAAGAGGAAUGCGAUACUAUUAUCGAGCGUGCGCAGUACCAAUGCCUGUACGAGAAGGAACAGAAGGAAGCCAAGGAGCGGGCCGAAAAGAAGCGCGAAUUUUGCCGUCGUGCCUACAAAGAUGCGCUCAAGGAAAAGGCAGCGAUCAAAGAAUUCGAAAACACCUGCGAUAAAAUUAACGAUCGCAUCAUCUGCGCUGAUGUGACAAGACGCCGCACUCUGGACACGCGCUACAAUAAGGAUUUCAAGGCGAUGAUAGCGAAGAGAAUAGGCGAUCGGGAAAAUCGGGCUAUACAACUCUGCCGCCUCCAGCAGGAAAAAAAACGCCGGGCCCAGGAUCAGCAGAAGCAUGUAGGGGCACAAUAUGAUACAGAGGUCCAGAUAGACGAAGGACGUCGCCAAUGUAAGAUAGAUCAGCUGUCCAAGCAGCGUCGUGCCUACGAGCUGGAGAACCGCACGCAGGCUAAGGAGCGACGCGAACGGGAUGCAGAGAUUCGCCGCUUUCAAGUUGCUGAUCGACUUAAGACCAUGGAGACCAACAAAAGAUUCUCUGCUACGCAGAAACGCCAUAAGGAUCAAGAAACUGAAAAAUUACGGGACAUACUUUUUGGUCAACGGGAUGAUUUCCUGGAACGACGUCAGCAGGAGCUAAUGCGAAUGUCUUCUUGUCAAGCAGAUCCUUUCAUAAAAGAGGACGUGAUGUUCUUUGAUGAUGCGCUCAAGGCAGUUGUGCAUGCGCGCAAAACGGGACGUCCUGUUUACCCGAUGGCCAAGGCUGUGGAGAUCUACAGACGCAAGAACCAGAUUGAUGAGGUUCCCGAGGGUCGUAUGGUGGGCAGGAGCAGAAUACGAGACUAUUGCUGGCCAGGAUUCUACUCCAAAGCGGAAUUGGCGUACAAAAAUUACGCGCAAAGGGAUAAGUGCCGCGAGGACCUGCAGCAGGAACGCAAUCAGAUAUUUAACAACUGUAUCAAAAUCACCAAAAUAGCUGCCGAAGAGCAGCCGUAUAAAAAGUGCGAAAUGGAGUGCCCUAUAAAGUGUCUUCAGCACCGCGGCAUGCCUGCCGUCGAAAGUGUCGAUUCCUUUGAUUGUGGAAGCAAUGUCUGCUACGAGGAGGAUCUUCAGCCUGAGCAGUGUCCAGUUGCUAUGCAGGCUGCGGAAAAUUGUGACGAGAGUCUUCGAUCGAAUAAGUCGAAUGAUUCAAUUAAAGCACAUUGGAACUCUCCGGAGUCAAAAGAAAGCCCAUUAAAUAGCUCAAGCUCGAUGAAAACUAUUGUCGCAGUUAAUCGAUGCAAUUCAGAUGAAAAAUUCAGCAAACCAGCCGAUCGUAAGCGUAUUUGGCGUUAAGAUUCUAGGAUCUAAUCAGCAAAAUGUAAUGAGACAGCUUACAAAAAUCACGUUGAUGCUUAGUUUAUAUAGGUUGAGCGAUUCGCCCCAUUAAUUAUUAUCAAUUGAAAGGAUUUGUCAUGUAACUGUUAUUAGGAGUUGUAGAUAUAUUAAUAUUUGAGAGAGUAAAGUAAACUUAGAGCAAAAGA